AUGUCGUAUGCGCAGAUUGAUCUUCGGGAUAAGCCUGCACUAGAGCAACUUUUUGCUUCAACAAAGUUCAAUGCUGUCAUCCAUUUUGCUGGAUUGAAAGCAGUUGGUGAAAGUGUGGAGAAACCCUUUAUGUAUUAUAACAAUAACAUCAUUGGUACCAUUACAUUGUUGGAAGUCAUGGCUGCCCAUGGAUGUAAAAGGCUCGUUUUUUCAUCAUCGGCUACUGUUUAUGGUUGGCCAAACGAGGUUCCAUGCACAGAGGAGUUUCCCCUAUCUGCUGCAAAUCCAUAUGGGCGAACCAAGCUUUUUAUUGAAGAGAUAUGUCGUGAUAUCUAUCGUUCAGACUCCGAGUGGAAAAUCAUAUUGCUGCGGUACUUCAAUCCAGUGGGUGCACAUCCAAGUGGCUAUAUAGGAGAGGAUCCUCGUGGUAUCCCAAACAAUCUCAUGCCCUUUGUGCAGCAAGUUGCCGUUGGAAGGCGGCCUUCAUUGAAUGUUUUUGGGACUGACUACUCAACAAAGGAUGGUACAGGGGUGCGUAAUUACAUCCAUGUCGUGGAUUUAGCAGAUGGGCAUAUUGCUGCAUUGAACAAGCUAUCUAAUCCUUCUAUAGGCUGUGAAGUAUACAACUUGGGAACUGGGAAAGGAACAUCAGUUUUGGAAAUGGUAGCAGCUUUUGAGAAGGCAUCUGGAAAGAAAAUUCCCCUUGUGAUGGCUGGUCGGCGACCUGGUGAUUCUGAGAUUGUAUAUGCAUCAACAGAAAAAGCAGAACGUGAAUUGAACUGGAGAGCAAGCUACGGGAUUGAGGAGAUGUGCCGAGAUCAGUGGAACUGGGCCAGCAAGAACCCUUAUGGCUAUGGAUCUCCAGACUCUACUGCUUGA